AUGACGCAGGGGAUCGCGAGACGGUUGAACAGGACACGGCCGCACAGGGAGGCGCUGCUGCGGAACCUGUGCUCGCAAUUGUUCCAGCACGGUGCGGUCACGACGACACACGCUAAAUGCAAGGAGGCGCAACGCAGGGCUGACCGGUGUGUCACUUGGGCGAAGAGGGCUGCUGGGACGGAGCGGGAGGAUGGUGAUGGGGCCAAGGCCCGCGCCGUGCAGCUGUUGCAGAAGAACCUGUUUCUUUCGGGGGACAACGCUCAUCUCGUUAAGAAACUCGUCGAGGUUGUGGCACCGAGGAUGAGCGGUAGGAACGGAGGGUACACCCGUGUGCUGCGGUUGGAGUCCCGGCAGGGGGAUAGGGCGCCGCAGUCUAUCCUGGAGCUUGUUGAGGGCGUUGGGCAGACACAAACGAUGAAGUUCUGGAUGCUUAAUAAGAGUAUCCUCCAGGAGGAGGCGCAGAACGGUGCCCAGACACAGUCACAGUUACAACGCCCUCACUCUACGCAACUUGUACAAGAUUGCAAGGCUCAGACAGGACAGAGAACAGCUUGUCGACGAGAUCUUGCAAGUGAGGAAAGACCCUACGGAGCAACAAAGAAUCGAGGACUCAGCCCACAAAACUAA